GAGGAGCGGAAAAUAUGUCUGGAAGAGAAGGUGGUAAGAAGAAGCCCUCGAAGCAGCCUAAGAAAUCGACCAAGGAUUUAGACGAGGAGGAUGUCGCCUAUAAGCAGAAACAGAAAAAGCAGAAAAAGCUGGAUGAGAUGAAGAAUAAGGCUUCCCAGAAGGGGCCUCUGUCUGGCGGCGUGAUAAAGAAAUCGGGAAAGAAGUGAGGGGAAUUUUGUACGUGACUUGUUCCUGUUGUGGAGUUUGAAUUGCAAAGAUGUUCCCUGAAGUGACAACUCGACAGAUCUCUUGUAUGUUUUGUGUACAGCGAUAAUAAACGAGUGUUUGUUUUUUC